CCAAAUAGCACUUUUCAUUAAGAAAAAACAUGAAUAAUUACCCUUUUUACAUUUCUCAUUCGCCUCUUUACCAUCUCUACUGCCGCAUAGCUAGCCCACUCAACAAUGGCGGCUUCUUGCAUGCUCAGAUCCUCUUUCCUCUCUCCGAACCCUCAUCUUCAUCAACAAUCUCCUUCUAAAUCCAACCGUGCUUUCUUCUGCACUCCUAUCAAAGCCACAUCUUCUACAGACGACGCAAUCUCCAAAUCUCCACAACUUCAGAAGCACCGCCGACCUGCUGACGAGAACAUCCGCGAAGAAGCCCGCCGCGACAUAUCUUCACACAAUUUCUCUGCUAGGUAUGUACCUUUUAAUGCCGAUCCUAACUCCAGUGAGUGGUAUUCUCUCGAUGAGAUCAUUUAUCGCAGCCGAUCCGGUGGCCUACUCGAUGUCCAACACGAUAUGGACGCGCUCAAGAAAUUUGAUGGCCAGUAUUGGCGGUCCCUGUUUGAUUCCCGGGUGGGAAAGACUACAUGGCCUUAUGGUUCAGGUGUUUGGUCCAAGAAGGAGUGGGUCCUACCUGAAAUUGACAGUGAUGAUAUUGUCAGUGCUUUUGAAGGAAAUUCCAAUCUUUUUUGGGCUGAGCGAUAUGGGAAACAAUUCCUAGGCAUGAAUGAUUUGUGGGUCAAACAUUGUGGAAUCAGCCACACUGGUAGCUUCAAGGAUCUUGGCAUGACCGUAUUGGUGAGUCAAGUAAAUCGGUUGCGGAAAAUGCAUAAACCAGUUGUGGGUGUGGGCUGUGCUUCCACUGGAGACACGUCCGCUGCGCUGUCAGCUUACUGUGCAUCUGCAGGCAUUCCAUCAAUUGUGUUUUUACCUGCAAAUAAGAUAUCUAUGGCGCAACUGGUUCAACCAAUAGCCAAUGGGGCCUUUGUGUUGAGUAUUGACACUGAUUUUGAUGGCUGUAUGCAGUUGAUUCGUGAAGUCACAGCUGAGUUGCCCAUUUACUUGGCAAAUUCCUUGAAUAGUUUGAGGCUAGAAGGACAAAAGACGGCAGCAAUAGAGAUUCUGCAGCAGUUUGAAUGGGAAGUUCCAGACUGGGUGAUAGUUCCUGGUGGGAACCUGGGCAAUAUAUAUGCAUUUUACAAAGGUUUCCAAAUGUGCAAGGAGCUGGGACUUGUUGAUCGUAUCCCGAGACUUGUUUGUGCUCAAGCAGCCAAUGCAAAUCCGCUUUACGUGCAUUAUAAAUCUGGUUGGAAAGAUUUCAAACCUGUCAAGGCAAAUACAACAUUUGCAUCUGCUAUACAGAUUGGUGACCCAGUAUCUAUUGAUAGGGCUGUCUUUGCUCUAAAGAAGUCAAACGGGAUAGUGGAGGAGGCAACUGAGGAAGAGUUGAUGGAUGCGAUGGCUCAGGCUGACUCAACUGGGAUGUUCAUAUGCCCCCACACUGGUGUGGCAUUGACUGCACUCUCCAAGCUGAGAAAGGCUGGAGUUAUUGGGCCUACUGAUAGGGCUGUUGUUGUGAGUACAGCUCAUGGAUUGAAGUUUGCUCAAUCCAAGGUUGAUUAUCAUUCAAAAGAAAUAAAGAACAUGGAAUGCCGGUUUGCUAAUCCCCCGGUACAGGUGAAAGCAGACUUUGGAUCAGUCAUGGAUGUUCUCAAAAAGUAUCUGUUAAGCAAAAAUUCCAAGUUCUGAUUCAUUCAGACUUUUUGGAAGAGUAAGUUCUGCUUAUAUACCAAAAUCAUCAUCUUUUGGUUCAUCUUCAGCAGUGAUGAAGAAUUUGGUUAGAUGGUGAUCCUUUCACUGGUAGAAUUAGAGUCAUGAAAGGCUCAGAGUUUCUUAUGAGAGAAAUAUGUUUUAAGUAAAUAAAUGGAACUUUUUGGCGGCUGCAACUUUGUGCUAUUUCCUAUGCUCCUUUGAUUGAUGUUGGCUAGUGUCAGAACUGGUUCUGAACAUUUUGUAGCAUAGCAUCAAAUGAAUUGGUUUUGUAGUUUGAGGGGAUAAUGUUACCCCUGCUCUUUUAUAUUCUAUUCAAGAAGCAUGAAAACUGAAUAAAUGAACCCUUCUAUGGGAUUGUCUC